CUGUCAACUCACUCGCGAUCUUUCAUUUCUGGCGCUCUCUUCACUGUUUUGGCUUCCACGCUCACUUUGCAGUUUCUUCACUCCGAUCUCCAAUGGCAUCUCGUUCUCCGGCGCCGUCUGGCUCUCCUCCUCGUACGUCUUCUUCACCAGAAACACCUUCCAUCCAGGACGACGUCGACCUCGGUCAGGGGCUCCGCGUCCACUCCAGCAGGGAGGCGGUCUUCGUCAAGUACACUCCCUUCGCAAUUGCUCUGGCCGCCGGAAACUUGAGCCUCGACUCUUUCUGCCAUUUCAUCUCUCAGGGCAAGAACUUUCUCAAAGCGUACUCAGAAGCGUAUGAAUCCGCAGCAGACGACAUGGAUAUGGAUGAGGAACGAUACAGCCUUGCUGUCUUCAAAGUGAGGGAGUUAAGAAAGAUCGUUUUGAGGGAGAUGAAAAAGCAUGAGUCAUUCCUGCAGGAAUGGGGUUUGGACGUUACCAAAGAUGCCACACCCCAUCCUGCAGUGGAGAAUUGCGCUGAAUUUUUACUGGCUGCGGGUUCUGGUAAAGUUGAUGGAGCAAUUUACACGAUUGGUGCGCUAACACCUUGCGUUCAACUAUACCCUUUUUUGGCGGGGGAGGUCCGGAUGUUGCUGGGGUUUAGGGAAGAUAGUCACCCUUAUAGGGAGUGGAUCAAAAUGUAUACAUCUGAUAGUCACCAGGAGUUGGCCGUGAAAACUGAAGAGCUGCAGGAGAAACUGUCUGUCACCUUGACGGGAGACGAGAUCGAUGUUCUUUCCAACCUGUAUCAUCAAACAAUGAUACUUGAAAUAGACUUCUUCAAUUCUCUACCAUUUGAUCAGCCGACAGUAGUUCCUGUGACAAGGGGACUUAGCUCUGCAGAAGAUCGGUUGAUGGUUCUUUCUGAUUUUGAUCUGACUUGCACAGUUCAUGAUUCAUCAGCAAUUUUGGCAGAUAUGGCCCAAGUAACUGCUGCGAAAUCUGAUCGUAGUCUAUCCGGAUCUGAGUGUAGUCCAUCUGAGAGUCCUCUCGCUUGGAAGUCAUCAGGUGACGUGCGAAAUAUGUGGGAGGAAAUCUGCAAGCAGUACGCACAAGAAUACGAAGAAUGCAUCGAAAGCAUUAUUCCAGCUGAAAAAGUGGAAUUUAAUCAUAGUUCGCUGGUUCAAGCGCUUGAGCAAGUGGCAGAUUUCGAGAAAAGGGCGAAUUCCAGAGUUAUUGAAUCCGGGGUUCUUAGAGGUCUGAAACUUGAUGACAUAAUAAAAGCUGGUGAAAACAUCACUCUUCAGGAUGGUUGUAUAAGCUUCUAUCAGAAACUCGCUGAGAUUAAUGUGGAUGCUAACAUUCACAUGCUAUCCAACUGCUGGUGCGGUGGUCUUAUUCGGUCAUCUCUUUGGUCAGUGGGUUUCGGUGAAUCAAAUGUCCACGCGAACGAGUUGAUAUUCAAUGAGGAGUACCUUUCUACCGGAGAAAUGGUUCGCAAGGUCGAGUCCCCCAUCGAGAAGCUGCAAAUACACAACCACAUCUUGAAGGAGGAUGCCGACAAGCGAAACAAGUUAACCGUCUACGUAGGCUACUGCAUCAGAGACAUACUGUGCCUGCUCGAAGCGGAUAUAGGGAUAGUGAUAGGGUCGAGCGAAAGGUUGAGGAGGGUGGGGAGUCGAUUUGGAGUGACUUUCGUCCCGCUUUUCGCAGCCACGGUGAGGAAGCAGGAAGAAGUCACUGACGGGGGCUCUGUGAACUGGAAGGGAACAAGGUCGGGAGUUCUUUACACGGCCUUGGGCUGGGCAGAGAUACAAGCUUUCUUGUUGGGGUGGUAG